AAUCCAUUCAAGGUCGUAGGGUCGUAUUUGAUUUUACAUCCAUGGUGUCGUUUCUUAUUUGGCUUCAUUAUUUGAUGUAAAUGUCAGGUUGAAUGCAUUAGGUCUUGUUUGUUAUUGUUAAUGAUGUUCACUGGCUUGUUCUUCUGUUUCAGUCCUCACAUAUAAACGUGGCGAUCUUACAUAACCAACCAUAUAAGAUCGCCAUGUUUAUGUGUACCAAAAGGAACCCAAAGUACUCGCUUGAUUAUUUUAGACACUAAAGAAUGGUUAUCUUGUGUUGCCAACUGUAGUUGAUUAUAUCCCGAUGCCUUAUAAAAUUUCAGGUGUUUUUCGAACAUAUGUUCUAAAACGACCUCAGACAAUAUUGUCUGAGGUCGUCAUUAAUAAUUAUUAAUGACGUUAAUGUUGGUAAGAUUUCACCAACUUUUCAGCCAUUUGCGAAAAAAGCCGUAAAAGUAACACGAGACGAUUUACUAAUACGUUUGUAAAUUUAAUCAGCUUUGGGACAGGCUGACAUCCUCAGUGAACAUGUACAGCAAAAUGAGAUUCGACUGUGGGUUUAAUGAAACCUGUACAUAAAAAUCGUAAAUGUUCGACUCGUUGGUUGCUUUGCAACAGGUUCUAUAUCUUCACUGCAUAAAAGUCGGCUUGAAAAAAUCGAGGUAGUCCUUAGCGUUUUUCAGUUGUCAGCUUGUUUCUAUAGGUGGUUGAGAAGUUUGGUACGUAAGUGGUUUUAUACUAAUUGUGUUUCUUUGACAUUCAGACCACAUAACAUUUUUUUGUAAAUCAGCAGUCAUAAAUAUGUGUACAUCAGACCAUCUUAAAAAAUUACAAUGACUCCAUAAGCUUUUGGCUUAUCUUAUGGAACCAUUGACUAAACUGACUUAAUCUCAAGUAUGUGUUAACAUUGUACAUUAUUUUAUUUUAAAUGUCUAGAUGGACAUAAAAACCUCUCAACCGGCUAUCAACAUUAAAAGCCUAGUAACUGGCCUUUGUAUUCUCUAGACAACAAACCAAAUCCCACUCUACUCUGCGGGCCAACUGAUGUUCAAAUACACCCUUAUCAUGUUAGAAAAUGUCUGAACACUCACAGUGCUGUUUUUGUUUACAAAGUACCUAGCAGUAUCAUUCUUUAUCAGACAAGAAAGAUAAUUUAUACAAGCAACAUAUAUAUCCCGUAUUUUUUAAAGCUAAGCUUUACAUCCAAGCGUUUGCUUCAAAGUUUAAUUAAUGGGUCUCUAAAGAAUUAUUUCAGAAAGUAGUUAGUGUUUGGCAAACCUGACGCUAUCAUUUAUCUCCGUCGUCAUGUGCAUACAUUUACGGUCUCUGUAUUUUUGUACUUUUGUUCACUAGCAUUUCCUUGCAUUCACAUCACGUAACUCUACUGCAUUUACUAAUCUAGGUCUCAAACCAUCUCACCAAGAUGUUUCUAUAAUGGGAAAUUCUGGAACAUGUUUAACCGAUUACCUGAGCGUCUGUGCUCCUGAGAAAGUUCUUUUAGUCAUAAGCUUUUGUACUGUCCUUUUGGGUUUCGUUCUUAUUGUUUCAGGUGUUUGUAUCACUCAGCUUAGUGAUGGACCGUACGCUCAUUUGUCCAUAUCAUAUUCAGCUGUCCCUAUUGUGUUUGCUGGUUGUGUUACACUAUUAAUAGCCAUUGUUAGGAUCGUUUCUACAAGUAAAAGUUUAAGGGAAAUGAAUUUGACUCCCUGUGAGUUUGGAAAACAAUGGAAUAAAAAGGAGUCUGUUUCCGAGCCUAUUUCCUACAAUCUUCAAGAAAACGCAUAUAAUGUAUUUUCUUUUGCAAAUAAAUCGUCUGGAAAUUUUAGCUCCAACUCAUUUUCGGAUAAGAAGGUUGAUCAUAUUCCCAUGCCUGUAACAAACUAUCAUCAAAGAUUACCAAUGCCUCCAAAGCGAGCCGUUUUGUAUUAGGUCUACUCAACUUUUAAUGUAACACUGAUUCGAGAGUUUUCUGUAUGUUAAACAUCUUUUAUUUCAAGUUUCAUCAUUGUUUCUAUUGUCAUGCUCCGUUUUAGAAUUGUAUUUGGCUGUACCGCGACAUUAUUGUGCAUGCACUGUUUCUAAUUUUCAGAUUUGUGUUAUAAUCAACCCAAUAGUGAUAACUUGGUUGAAUAAAGUAAAUCCACUUUUUUUUCAAGUCGUUCUUACUUUCUAGUUUACCCUAUUCUAUCUUGGAAGAUUUAAUGGGAAGGGUUUGCAUGAGUUUCCGCUUCCAUCUCACCUUCGAACUAAGAUUUAAGAGAUUUGGCCAGUCUUUGUUGGAGUUUAUGUGUCCUGUGUGGAUUCCGUCGAUUUGGCCAUUAUGACACAAUCUUAUGUAGGAUGAAUAUAAGUGGAUAGCAAUGUAAUCCGUGCGGUGCAUUUUGUUGUAUUCGCGGAAUGCUAUUUGGAUGUACGUAUCAAUUUCCAUCCAAACGGCUACACAUUAAUUUAAAAUUCCUUCCCGUUUCAUAAGUGAGUGACCCCAAAUGCCAUGGUACAGUCAAGAGUGGGGAGAGUCCACUCUCCCUCUCGAAAUGCUCUCAUAUGGCCACGCAUAUAUAGCCACUGCCAGGGAAGUCCUACUCACUGCCUUCUCGCGACAGGGGUGUUGUUUACGAAAUUGAGAGGAUGAAAAGCGAAUGUCCGGCACUUUAACCGGGUUGGUGGACACGGAGUCCACCUAGGGGAGUUGGAAAACCCUGAUUCCAAACCAGUGGUGCACAUGGGCUCCAUUGUCCUGAGGGAACGAAUGACAUAUGAACCAAUUGUUGGUCACCGGCGACCAUGGGACUGCAUCUCCUUACGAUGUUCCACUGCCUUGUGGGUUAGACCUUUAGGUCAAAGGCUCCGGGUGUAGCCCUAAGAAAACUGCCUGCUUCGGUUUGGGCACCCGGACUGUAUCCCAGCCCUCAUACAAAUCAAAUGAGAUUUGUGUGGCGCAUAUGUAUCUGGUGCCCCCUUGUACCUGGAUGUGAUUAUAGUAUGAUAGCUACAAAAAUACCAGCUUACACGCUAAAAAGGCACUUAAACGUUUAGUAUUUACUACUGUGGCUAUCGAAAAAAGAAAGAUUUCAUGACCAUUUAGGGAUGUGUUCAUAAUUAGGUAUGUUUCUUGAAGUACAUUAGUGAGGACUUUGGUAUUUAUGAUUAUUUUCUAGUACUGGGACUAUGGAUAUCGUCUUACUUUCCCGUGUAGUGGCGUUUUCUGUCCUACUUCCGCAUUAUGAUGUUCACUUUUUAUUCGAAAUCAAUGAUCUAAUCUGGCGGUUAAAGUUGUCUAUUGUACUAAUCCCAUAUACUCUUUCAAACCAAAUUCCACCAUAUCUCUAUGGCUUUAUUCCGUUUUCUUGCCUACUCCACUAAUUUUCUUAAAAUAUACUCGUCACACGAUCGAUUCACCGUGCUAAUUCCUAGUUUUCUAAACCUCCAAUCAGAGGGUCAAAAGAGUGGUAGCAAUUGCCUUUUUUAUAGAAUAAUAAGUAAAAUGUAAAACUAGAAGAGAAUCACGUUUUAUUAACUUUGAUAAUUUCAUCACUAGGACGUCUUUGAUGCAGAGCUUUAUGUCGAAUAUUCAAUCGACUCUAAUUAAUGAAAGAUAAAAAAUGUAGCUACACUUAAUAAACAAGAUGAUAACUUACAAUUGGGAGGAUUUGACAAUAUUAUAAAGCAACUACUUAGUCACUACUCACUAAAAAUAUACAAAGGAACUCACCAAAUUGUUGUUACUUAAGUAUCAUCCUCCUUUAUGUUUACCCUAUGUACCCUAGGUGAACGUCAUAGUUACUUGAUUAGUCUGGACAUUACUUAAUUGACUUUCCAGUGGUUGAUCUACCAGGAGAUUCACUUGCUGACUUAUGUUACUCAGAUUAUAUAGUCUUGUUUGGUAAAGACCUUGAUAAUGUAUAGGCUUUUCUGACCAUCUCAAGCAAGAAUACUAGCAUGUUUGGAAUGCGUUUCUCUAACCCUCAAAAUGCAAAAUUUUGCUCCAGAAUUGGUUUUAGUCCAUGCCUGGACUAAUCAUUGGAAGUGAAGUAAUUGAGUGUGUCAAUCACUUCACUUAUCCUGAAAGCCUAAGCAGGCAUGAUGGGUUCGGUGUCUUUAUUUCAACACAUGAACAUUGGUACAAGGAGGCAUCAAAUAGGUGAGCGCCACAUUAG